UGUCCCGUCACACUCGGCUACUUUCUCGCCGCUUCCCCCUAAAGAGGAUAAACGGGGAAUUCUCGGAGCAAAACAAAAGCCUGAUUUGGGGAGGUUUUAGGUUGGAUGUUUUCUUCAUGUUGGUAUGUCCUAAUAACUAAGUUUCCUGUUUUCACCCGUUGUGCAAAAGCGGAGGAGAGGAGCGGAACUUUCAGGGGACCUUUUCUCGCGCCGGAGUAGCCGCUGGAGGUCUGAAUCUUACACCAGCUUCGUUGCUCUCUAUUUUUGGAGAGUAUGGUGUAACUUUUCCGCUCCAGUCGAACCUAAGCGGCCGGUGAGAGAGGAGCCGUUGUAUGGUACCGGAGAGGGGAUGCGAGCCUCUCCUCCGUCUCGGAUAGCGGAGCGGCUAUGAGGAGAGAGGAUCACCUGCUGGGCUAACGGAACAAGACUACACCGCACCAACAGAAUGCGGGAACGAGGUCCUUGCAUUUGCGGAGUAGGUGUGUGGAGCCUACUGCUGUCCCUCUGCCUGGCCUCCCUCACACAGGCACACAGGAGCCACACGGUGCACGUGAAGGCAGGGACGUGUGAGGUGAUCGCUGCCCAUCGCUGCUGCAACAAGAACAAGAUCGAGGAGAGAUCUCAGACUGUCAAAUGUUCCUGCUUCCCUGGUCAGGUCGCUGGCACCACCCAGGCCAUGCCCUCCUGUGUCGAUGCCUCCAUUGUAGCUCAGAAGUGGUGGUGUCAGAUGCACCCUUGUAUGGAUGGUGAAGAGUGUAAGGUUCUCCCAGACCUCACAGGAUGGAGCUGCAGCACAGGCAACAAAGUCAAGACCACAAAGGUGACCCGAUAGUCCUGCCCGUCUCAAGGAGAGAAGAAAUGGCGUUGGAGAUCCUUAAAUAGAACAAUGGACCUAUUAGUGGUGAGGAAACACACUCUGAGAGACUUCGAUGACGAACCAGUAAUUGCUUCAUUUUUCUGAGGAUAUCCAAGAUGUGGAGGCUGAAGAGACAGGACUCUAACACCGUCUUUCAUCAACUUAAACACUAUCGAGUGUGCUUGGUCCUUUCAUGCACAGGACUGCAUCACCCACAAUCCUUUACUUCUUCUCCAAACAACAACUUCAACCAAGUGAACUAUGACCUAAACAGCACUUGAUUAAAUGACAAAAAAACUUUAUUUCCAACAAUCUGUAUUCUUCAUCUCUCUUAGUAUGGUUCCAUACGCAUACUGGGAAUAAAGGGGAUGUGGACUUUUGACGGCUAUUCUGCAUUAUAAACAUCACUACAAAAAUGGGGGAUGGAAUCCAGAAUGGCUUGUCUCAUGUAGUCGGGUUGACACGUUUAAAUUUAACUGUGCCACAUAUGACACACCUGAUACUGUCAAAAUGUUUCUCAGAUCUGAAACUCACCUCCAUCAGAAUAUUUUAUCUUAAAUAGUUUGUGGCUUCCCACAUGCCAUUUUUUAAAAUGGGGAGACAGUUUGUCGGUCUUCUUUUUUCUUUUGUUUUUUGACAAAGGAAAAAAUCCUUUCAGGGUGAGGUUAGACUAAUACCAAGUAGAUGUUAUGAAAUAUUGAAACAUGUAAACGUGUAAAAAAAACGGUCCAUUGAAUCAACGGGGCUAAAAAUAAAGUGACGCUCUAAUGGUUUUAAUAUCUGUGUUUUUAAACCCCUGUUAACCGCUAUUGAGUACAUGUGUCAGUAUUAUAUGAAAUGAA